CAGCUUCAUAUGGACGACGAUUCAUGCUCACGCACGGCUGCAAUGGCAUGAGAAUGUCAACUGCUGUGCUCAGAGAUCCUGCCAGAUAUUGAUCACAAUACGAAUAUUCCCCAACAACAUCCUCUGGGUUUAUCGCCAUGGCUUCCCGGGGUGAGGGGCCGUCCCGUCUGCGGUCCCGUCGCUCCAUUGCCCAUGUACCUUCGUCGAGAACGGCUUCUACGCUCGAUAAGGAAAAUGCCACAACAGAUAUCAGUGCUCUCAAGCCUCAGAGAAGCAAUGUGAGACAGCCAGUCAAAGACAAAAAGUCACGGAGCAAAAGUCUGGGACCAGGUGGACUGGAUGCGCUUCAAGACUCCAAUGGCAAUCGGCGCAAGUCGACGGCCGCUUUCCCUCUCAAAUCCAUUCUAAAGCCAACUGUUCCUGUGUCGCCUGUCCGGAACAUUCCAUCUUUUGAGGAGACACGCAGACGAACACCGGCGCGCAGCCCUGAACGAAACCACGGCAAUGAAGGAAAUCGUCAGGGCGCAGAAGGCUUGUUGAUUGAUUUUUCCACUCCGACAAGAGGAUCUGGUUCAGGAGACGCCCACGCUGCUAACCCAUUCGAGGCGUUCAACGCCUCAUCGGCUGUACGAGAUGAUAUUGCGGCGGCGCAAGAACGCGAAGAGAAGGAGAGAAGGGAACGCGAAAGGAAGCUGAUUCUAGAGCAAAGGGAGGCACGACGGAAGUCUAUGGCAAACCGCCGUGUUUCGUUCGCUCCUGAAGCUACCCUGCAUACAUGGAAUGUCGUUGAAUUAGCCGAGGACUCGACAUCCUCUUCCGCUUCGAACUCGACAAGACGCGCAUCUGCCUGGGCGAAUUCGACGAAUCAAGGUCACGAGCAACCAUCUGAUCACUCUGAACCAUCCAGUCCGGAGUCGGGCGCGGAGGCAGGCCCUGCUUCUCCAGAAGCGCGUUCCGACGAUCUGUCCUCUAGCCCUUUCAGUGGCAGUUCCACGGCAGGCAGUGAGGAUAUCCCGGCGCAGGGUGCCUUUGAGGAGGACGAUGCCUCGUCAGACUCGGAGAAUGACUUUGACGGCGAAAGCACGGCCAUGAGCAUGGACGAUGCGACCGUGAGGUCUAAUAUGACAACGCACUCCAACGGUUCAAGUACUAGUUCGAGUGCUCGCCUCGAUGCGGCCCUCCGUCAAGCAGCGAAAGAAGCUGGAACCAGAGGUAUCGACUAUGAUGAAAACGGUGAACUUUCCAUGGAAAUAGCAGAUCAGGAGAUAACAGGGGCUUUUCAACCAUGGAUAAAGAAAGGCCAACGGAUAAGUUUCGACAUGGAAGACCUUAGCACCUUGAAUGAUCAGGAAAACAUCCCAUUCGGGCAGCCAACAGAAAGUCACGACACUCAGCCUACAGCUAGCGACGGCGAGGAUAACGACGACGAGGAUCUAAGCAUGGAUAUCACAAACGCAGUUGGUCGCAUAUUGGCAAAGCAUACGGGCCGUCGCCAGAGUGUUCGGCGCAAGUCAUCUGGACAAGAGACAAACUACGAUGAUCAGACGAUGGAAUUCACAAAUGUCGUCGGGGGCAUUGCACAGCCAGCAUCCCCAGCGAAAUCCACAGGUGCUGGAAGCGAUAUGGAUGAAGACGAGGAGAUGACCAUGGAAUUUACGUCCGUCGUUGGUGGCGUACUGAAUAAGGGACCAUCCAACUUCCAGCCCCGAGAUGAGGAUCUCUAUCCACGGUUAGAUAACCGUCCCGAACUCGAUAGCCGCAGCUUUUCUGACCCGGGUGACGGGGAAGACGAAAAUGGCAUGGAGAUGGAAAUUACAGGCGCUGUUGGUGGAAUUCUCCCGCAGACUAAAAGGCAGAGCGAGCCCGAGGAUGAUUAUACUGCAGCUAUGGAUUUGACUACAACGACGGGCAGGAUCUAUCCUACCUUCGAACAGAGCGGUCAGGAAGGGGCAAAGACGUCGAUAGGGACGGGGAUCGAUGCUGGGCAGCCGGGCAGUUCACCAUUCCAGGAACGCCCACCUGUUUCUCCACCCAAAUUCAUCUCUCAUCAUGUUGCUCCUGUUGCCUCGGAGAGUGGAAGCCCUAGCUUAGCCAGCGUGAGAUCUCGACCGACUAGGGCAAGCAUAGGACGGCGGGCGUCGACAACGUCCAUCUCACAUUCACCGCAGACGACACCAGUGAAAAAGGUUGCAACACCGUCGAAGCAGCUCACUCCCCAGCCCCCUCUUCGACCUACCACCCCUUCGAAGACGCCGCCAUCUGCCAAUGUCGCUUGGCGAAGCGCAUCGCCCAAGAAACUAUUCCAACCUGAGCUUCGAUCUCCUGCAAACAAGGUAGAGUCUCCCCGCCGCAAAAGCCUCUUUGAGCGUGACACGAAGACCGGACAGACGACACCUGCGUUUGUGUUAAAGCCACGUGAAAGACGCUCCUCUGGCCUAGGCAUUGACAGAGAAGGCCUGGGCUCCCCUCGAGUUGCGGAGAUGCUAGAUAAACGUCGAUCCAUUGGGGAGAAUACGCCGCAGUUCAUUCCAAACGAACAACCGGCGAGAGGUGUCCGUUUCGACGACCCUGUAAGACUGCAAGAAGAAGUUGACCGUGAACGCGAGGAAGAGGAGUAUCGGGAGGACGGCCAUAUUUCUCUGACUCAAACAAGUGAGCGGGAUACGACUACGAGUUUAAAAGAUAUGAUUUCGAGUCUUACACCAAAGAAGAACAAAAUUGGUGGACGGAAGAGCUUGCACGUUGGAGCCGCAAGAGGUUUACUUGGCAAGCGUCCGGUCGAGCUGGAUGAGUCCGAGGAAGAAGAUAACUCGCCUAAGCGGACGAGAGGCCGUGAGGCUAGUCCAGUAAAGAAUGUCAGACUUCCUGCACCGCCGACCAAGGAUGAGACUCUCCGUUCUUCUACCCCCAAGAUCGGCGAUUUCUCCCCAGCGAAGAAUAGCACCACGCCCAAGGAUGACCCACGAUUCAAAGAUGUAACAGAAUCCUUAUCUGGCAGGAGAGGACCUUCUGAGUCUGAGCAGCAGAUUGGGGUGGAUGAGAAUGAUGACGAUGCCAUGGAACCGGAGUUUGAACCGAUUCAACUCCAAGACUUCCUCAAUAUGACAAACAUACAUUUCAUGGAACUCACUACAACCAAGCGUCGCCACACUAUCGCCCCAGGAAGUGAUAAGGAUAAUUCGAAGGGUACUGGAAAGAGUGAUUCUGGAGACGGGAGUACCAGCCUUGAGGAUUGUGUAGCAGCUGGGUUCUGCACAAUACCAAUGCUCGAGCUAUAUCAACACUCUUGCCGCGAGUUGAAAUCAUAUAUCUCCGAGGGAAGGCAGAUCAUCCGCUCUAUAGAAGCUGAAACCUACGCCGAAAACCCACCCUUGUUCCGUGAAUACGUGACUGCUCCUCCUGACAUCCGCUUGUUGAUGGAUAACCAGUUCCGCAAUGUCAAAACACAUGCAAGGCUCCUUAGCAAGGCGAUGUGGUAUGAAUGGCGUAUGAAACUGCUUGAAGGCCUGAAAGAAGGACUGGACAGGCACGUCCAGGAAAUGAAUGCCGAUGAUAUUGUUCUUCAGAAACAAGAGAAACUUCUGAAUAGCGUCGUUCCCGGUCUUGUUGAGAAACACUCGGUCCUCCAAUCAGAGGCGACGAAGCUCCAGGAGAUAGCCGAGGAGAUGGAUAAUUGUGACCAGGAUGAAUUGCGCAGCGCACGGAAGAAACUGUCCACCAUCGAAGCUGAGCUCGUGGAGAAAAGGAAGCGGCUCGAGGAAAUGCAAGAGGAGCUUCGGGACAAGACUGACACAAUUGAGGCUGGUGCAGAGCUCAAGGCAGAGUUCAUGGACCAGAUACGUCAAGCAGAGAGAACCAAGGAAGAAUGCCGUGGGUGGAGCGUGAAGGAAGUCAAUGCGCUAAAGGCUUCUGUCCAUGACCUUGAGGUCAAGACCGGCUGGUCGAUCAUCUCCGCUACACCUUCACCUGACUGCCCUGCGGGACCCAUGUUGACAAUGUGCUAUCGAAGCGAGCUCCAGGUCUUGUUCCACCCGGGUUCGUUCCGAGUUCCGAGGCCGCCAAAGAACCCUCAGCGUACGGCUAGCACAAAGACGAAGACUCCAGUUGAUCUACUCUAUCGGCCCAACAAGGGAGGAGUCACUGGUCAUACUUCUGAGCUGUCGCCCACAAAGACCCUAGCCUUACAUGCUCUGAGGAAACACCUGAUGACUAUAGACCAGUCCUCCUUGACUCCGCAAAAGCUCUUGAGUUUUAUUUCAGAGGCAUGGGAUCUAGCACUUACCGUUGAGGAGGAAAUCCGCCAACUCGAAUUCUGCGGUGUCACCAAGUUGAGGCUCACGAAGGAUGAGAUCGACUCUCUGUUAAGGGCCAGAUGCACGAUUUUGGGUGACGCUCCCUCAACUGCGAUGCCGAGAAAGAGCCGGGUCGACGUGGAUUUCAAUGUUAGAAUGCGUGUUGUAGACGACGGCACCGUCAAUCCCGGGGACAUUGGCCCUCUCAGACUGGAGAUCGAAGCGCUCGGAAGUAAAGUUUAUGGGUUUGGCUCUGGAGACCAGAGCGGAGUUUCGGAGAAUCAAAUGAAAGAUAUCCUUCGCAAAGAGACCCAGGGGAAUAAAUCUGGUCUAGAAUUCGGGAAAGGCGUUUGGAGAAAAGCCGUGCAUGAACUCGCUGGGAGAGUUUUCUGAUCUGAACCUUUCGCAAU